AUGUCACUUGCCAUUAGCCAAGCCGAGCGAACCGAUCGAGGUUCUACUCUACCUAGACUGCACGAUGCACGACCUGCGCAAGAUGUACUCCGAGAUUGGCCGAUGGCCGGAUCGGUGGUGACCUUUUGCGAGAGUGUCGUCGAGACGAGUUCGCUCAUGUGUUUCGCCGAGACUCCCAACAAAAACAACAAGAUUAUGAUGAUUGCGGAACUGCUGGAGAAGAGCCUUGUCGAGGACAUUGAGAACGAAUCGGUUUGCAUACGGUUGAAACGAGAACAAGCUCGGCGAGUUCUUCCAGGUCCGGACAACACCAGCUCUAACAAAGCCGUGCUCGGCGCCGUCAAAGACUCCAUCGAGCAAGGAUUCCAGUGGAGCACGCGCGAAAGACCACUCUACGAGAAAUCCUAUUCUAAACGUCAUGUUCAAAAUCCCGGACCAUCGCCCAUCAGGAACCCUUCCACCGCGGAGGUGGUCCCAACCUCCCGCAGAGUCGCCUACUCCGCCUAA